UAAGUAAACUGUCGCAAUAAAGAAACGUCGUUUUCAUCAUUGGCGUGCUUCAUUGUUUGGCUUAAUCCAAACUCAACGCUUCCACCAUAUCCAUAGUAUGUGUUUGCAAAUGUUUAUUCACUGAUCGUCACUCUUUCAUUGACGACCACAAAUGGCUGCUCAGGAAAGUGUUUUACUUGUGCUUCUGAUGAUUGUUGAAUUUUCAUGCCUAUGGUUAUCAAUAGCAUCAUCAGCAGCAGCAGCUUCGACUUUCUUCAAACCGUUUAAUGUCAGCUACGACCACAGGGCCAUCAUCAUCGACGGCCGCCGCCGUUUGCUUGUCUCUGGCGGAAUUCACUACCCUCGGGCUACUCCUCAGAUGUGGCCUGAUCUAAUUGCAAAGAGUAAGGAAGGUGGGGCAGACGUGAUUCAAACUUAUGUGUUUUGGAAUGCGCAUGAACCAAUCAGAGGACAGUAUAACUUUGAAGGGAGACAUGAUAUUGUCAAAUUUGUGAAGCUAGUGGGAUCUAGUGGGCUUUAUCUCCAUCUUCGCAUUGGUCCUUAUGUAUGCGCUGAGUGGAAUUUUGGAGGCUUCCCUGUAUGGCUGCGUGAUAUCCCUGGCAUAGAAUUUCGAACAGACAAUGCCCCUUUCAAGGAGGAAAUGCAACGGUUCGUCGAGAAGAUUGUGGAUCUGAUGCGAGAGGAAAAGCUGUUCUCCUGGCAAGGUGGUCCAAUCAUUAUGUUGCAGAUUGAGAAUGAAUAUGGAAACGUGGAAAGCUCUUUUGGCCAGCGAGGAAAGGACUAUGUUAAAUGGGCUGCUAAUAUGGCCCUUGGGCUUGGUGCUGGAGUUCCAUGGGUGAUGUGCCUGCAAACUGAUGCUCCAGAAAAUAUCAUAGAUGCCUGUAAUGGAUACUAUUGUGAUGGUUACAAGCCAAACUCCUAUAGCAAACCAAUACUAUGGACAGAGAAUUGGGAUGGAUGGUAUACAACAUGGGGUGGAAGAUUGCCUCACAGGCCCUCUGAAGAUCUUGCUUUCGCUGUUGCACGCUUUUAUCAACGCGGAGGGAGCUUUAUGAAUUAUUAUAUGUAUUUUGGUGGAACAAACUUUGGUCGGACUUCUGGGGGCCCAUUCGAUAUUACAAGUUAUGAUUAUGAUGCUCCACUUGAUGAAUAUGGUCUUCUGAGUCAGCCUAAAUGGGGACAUUUGAAGGAUCUUCAUGCUGCUAUUAAGCUUUGUGAACCUGCUCUAGUUGCUGCUGAUUCAGCCCAGUAUAUAAAAUUGGGACCAAAGCAAGAGGCACAUGUAUACGGUGCAAAUGCUUUUAGUGAAGGCUUGAACUCAACUCAGUUUGGAAGUCAAAGUGGCUGCUCUGCAUUUCUUGCUAAUAUUGAUGAACAUAAUUCAGCUUCUGUGAAAUUUCUUGGUCAAUCAUAUACUUUACCACCGUGGUCAGUGAGCAUACUACCUGACUGCAAGAAUACUGUUUUCAACACUGCUAAGGUCAGCGCACAAACUUCCAUCAAGACUGCAGAGCUUUCUUUGCCUCCUUCACAUGAUGUGUCUGUACUUAAAAAAUCUGUGACCGAUAGUAAAGUUUCUUUUGUCUCAAAAGCCUGGAUGACUGUAAAAGAACCUAUUAGCCUUUGGAGUGAGAACAACUUUACCAUCCAAGGCAUCUUGGAGCAUUUGAAUGUGACAAAAGACUCUUCUGAUUAUCUAUGGUAUAUAACCAGAAUAUAUGUUUCUGACAAUGACAUAUCAUUUUGGGAGGAAUACAAUGUUAGUCCAUCUUUGACAAUAGAUAGCAUGCGUGAUGUGUUGCGUGUAUUCAUUAAUGGCCAGCUUACAGGCAGUGUGAUUGGUCAUUGGGUUAAGGUGGUGCAACCAGUUCAGUUUCAGCCAGGAUACAAUGAUUUGAUGUUGUUAUCUCAGACUGUAAGCUUACAGAAUUAUGGGGCCUUCCUUGAGAGAGAUGGGGCAGGUUUUAGAGGCCAAAUUAAGCUUACUGGAUUUAAAAAUGGGGAUAUAGACCUCUCAAAGUUAUUAUGGACCUACCAGAUCGGACUUAAGGGUGAAUACCAGAAGAUAUACAGUAUGGAAGAGAAUGAAAAGGCAGAUUGGACUAAUCUCUCACCUGCUGCUAUUCCAUCCACCUUUACCUGGUACAAGACAUACUUUGAUGCUCCUGAUGGUGUAGACCCAGUUGUUCUUGAUUUGGGAAGCAUGGGAAAAGGCCAGGCCUGGGUCAACGGCGAACAUAUAGGGAGAUACUGGACACUGGUUGCCCCGAGAGGUGGAUGUCUUCCAUGUGAUUAUCGUGGGGCCUACAAUCCCGAUAAGUGUGUUACAAACUGCGGAAAACCUACCCAAGUGUGGUACCACAUACCACGGUCAUGGUUGCAGAAAUCAGAUAAUUUGCUUGUCAUUUUUGAGGAAACAGGAGGGAAUCCAUUUGAGAUUUCAGUCAAGUUACGUUCAGCAGGAGUUGUAUGCGCUCAAGUGUCGGAGUCCCACUAUCCACCUGCCCAGAAGUGGUCCCCUUCAGAUUUUGUCAAUGAGAAAGCAUCAAUGAUUGAUAUGACACCAGAAAUGCAUCUGCAAUGUGAAGAUGGGCAUAUUAUCUCCUCCAUUGAAUUUGCUAGCUAUGGCUCACCUCAUGGUAGCUGCCAGAGAUUUUCUAGAGGCAACUGCCAUGCACCCAAAUCACUGUCGUUGGUGUCUGAGACUUGCCGAGGAAGAAAUAGCUGCACUCUUGGUAUUUCGAAUGCUUUAUUUGGAGGUGAUCCAUGCAGGGGCAUUGUGAAGACAUUGGCUGUUCAAGCCAGAUGCACUCCAUCAAAUUUUGGUUUUGCUCAGCUUUGAAGUAACAAGCAGCCAAUGCAAUGUACACAUAGGUUCAACUAUGGUGCACUGAAAACGUCUUCAGUAUAUGAUUACUCUGUGAAUGUGUUCAUAAAUAAGUCUGCCGCUAACGGCAGAUUUUGUGGAUACUGAGAAGUUCUAUCGCUAAGUAGAGUUCUUCUCAGUACUGCAGGAUGGAAUGUCUAUUCACAUCUUUGAACGAUUAACGAUCAUGUGGUAUGCCUAGUUGUUGUUAUGCUAUGCUCAGUUGUUAUAUUAUAGUUAUCCGUUGAUCA